AUGAGGGAAUCCAGAGCAGUUGGGGAGUUCAAACUCUACCAUUACAGCCCGUCUAAAGCUGCGGCAAUCGUAAUGAUAGUCCUCUUCGCAAUUUCGACAUUGUUCCACACAUACCAGCUCUUUCGCAAGCGAACUUGGUACUUCAUACCCUUCGUCAUGGGGGGAAUUUUCGAAACAAUCGGCUAUGUAGGGCGCGCCCUCUCCGCAAAUGAAACCCCGAACUGGAGUCUCAUUCCUUAUGUAAUGCAAUCGCUGCUCAUUCUCCUGGCGCCAACUCUAUUCGCCGCAUCCAUUUACAUGGUGCUCGGCCGCAUCAUACGACUCGUCGAUGGCGAAAAGCACUCUCUUAUCCGAGUGAGUCGACUCACGAAGAUCUUCGUCGGCGGCGAUGUGCUCUCAUUUCUCGCGCAGAGCGGCGGUGGCGGUAUCCUCUCCAACGCGAAGACCACCAGCAGUGUCAAUUUAGGCCAGAAUGUGAUCACAGCUGGUCUCGGUAUCCAGGUACUAUUCUUCGGCUUGUUCGUCCUCGUGGCGAUGGUUUUCCACCUUCGCAUACAGAAGUCUCCGACCACACGCUCUAGCAGCGCGACUAUCCCUUGGGAGCGACAUCUGAUCGUUCUGUACACGGCCUGCUUGUUAAUUCUUGUCCGAUCCGUAUUUCGUAUCAUAGAGUACGUGAUGGGCCAAGAUGGUGUGCUUUUGAGCCACGAGAUAUACGUAUACAUAUUCGACGCCACGCUCAUGUUUCUCGCUAUGAUUGUGUUCAACGUGUGUCAUCCGGGCGCUAUUAUUACAAAGGAUACUAUGGGCAGCAUUGGUGAUGUUGAUGUUUAUGGGGAUAACUUUGAAGAGCUACAGCCGGUGACAACUCAGUAUAAAGGAUAG